AUGGACCGAAACAACCACAAAACUACAAGAUGGCUGGCCCGUCUUACACUCCUCAUGCAAAUACUCAGCGCAAAUGCCGAAGUAGUAACCGUCUGGACCACGGUAAAAGUGCCUGCGCCAACCCCAACCGUGCCGUUAUCGCCAUCUUACACCUCCCUCGACACGUUCAAGGACGAUAUGUUGAAAGUCACGAACGAGUACCGCGCCAAUCACGAUGCCAGUCCACUAAAAUGGAACGAUACACUGGCUGAUUACUCUCGGGAAUGGGCAGAAGCCUGUAUCUGGAAACAUUCGAAAAGUAGCUACGGCGAGAACCUCGCAUUUGGAUAUGAUAAUGUCUCCGCUGCUGUCAUCGCCUGGGGCGAUGAACGCGAUAUGUAUAACUUUGACAAGCCGACAGGCUUCACCGAGGAGACUGGACAUUUCACUCAGCUAGUCUGGAAGUCGACUACGCAGGUUGGAUGUGCUGCUGUCAACUGUGGGUAUAAGAAGGACGACAACGCCAAAAGAGAUGAGGAGAUCGAAGUACGAGAGGAUGUCUUCGAAGGGAUGGUUGUGGCGCCUCGUUUCAGCGGAGACGAAGCGGAACGAGAUAGCUUGGAAGGGCUCAAGGUUGCACGAAGCGAGCCGCGAGCUCAAGGGUGGUAUGUUGUUUGCGAGUAUACGCCUCCUGGAAAUGUGGUGGGCUUGAAGGAUUCCUAUUUCAAGAAGAAUGUUUUGCCGAAGAAGGAGCCUUCCGCUGAGUCGACAAAGUCUUCUUCGUCCACGACUUCUGAGCCUUCUUCCACGUCUGUCUCUGAGCCAUCGCCUUCGCCAAAUGCCGCAUCCACUACCAUCGGGAAUCGUCGGCCUAGUCAUCGGCCUACAGCAUGUGCUAUGAAGUUCGAGCUGAGCUCGACAUUGGGGAUGAUGCUGGUAGCAUUGGGGACGGUCGUUGUCGGAAGAGGGCUUUACGGCUGA